AUGCCUCAAAGGAUAUUAUCAGGGUCGUUCGACUCUCCGAAGUUGGACAUCAUUGUCGAUUUGGGAAAUCCCUUUCUCAAUCUCACCGUUGAUGGUUUUUUGAAGAUUGGCACUGUGGCUGCAGCAAAAGUAGCUACGGAGGAAGCAUAUUCCGUUGUCAAACGAGUUCCGAACAAAAGGAAGGGUUUUUUUCUGUUUACUUUGAGAAUCAUUGUAAAAGGAACAGCUUAUGGAGCUUCGAGUCCAGUGAGGGUGUUGAGUGUGACUUUCAUAUGUGGGGAAGCAGGUGUAUGCGCACUUGGUGCUGUAGUUGCAAAGCAUGCUGCUGAUGAACAAUUGUGUGACCAAUAUUUAACCCAAUUCAAAGAGAUCAAGCUUCAGAAGAAUCUUCCAAAUGAAUUGUUGUACGGGAGAGCGGGGUUCUUGUGGGCAUAUUCUUUCUUAAACAACAAUAUUGGCAAAGAUGCAAUAUCUAUCACACGAAUGAGGUCUGUUGUUGAUGACAUCAUAAAGUCUUGUCGACAAUUAGCUAAAGGAAGAUGUCCAAUGAUGUAUGAAUUGCAUGGGAAAAAGUACUGGGGAGCUGCCCAUGGGCUAGCUGGGAUUAUGUAUGUUUUAAUGGGCAUGGACCUGAAACCAGAUGAACUGGAGGAUGUCAAGGGCACCCUAAGUUACAUUAUUAAAAAUCGGUUUCCAGGGGAAACUAUCCUUCAAGUGAAGGAAGUGAUUCGGACCGUCUUGUGCAUUGGUGCCAUGGUGCUCCUGGUGUUGCACUCACCCUUGUGA